CGGUAUUGCCAGGCUCAGUUCGUUGGACAGCCAGAGCUUAUUGGACGGUGCACUAUGAAAGGCUCUUUGGAACCCGACAGACUGGUGGGGGUCUACUCCACAAGACUGGAUGAGAAGCUAGAAGAUAUGCUAGAUGAGUUUGACAACUUCGACUAUACUCACAAACCGCUUCUAACUCAAGCUGAAUUUGAAGAAGAGUUUCUUGUUAUCAUUGAGAAGCUUUUCAGAAGGAGAAAUAAAUAUCAGAUGGUCUCGUCAAUAUUUGAGAAGAUAAUAUCCAAGUCACUCAAUGAUCAGCACAAGUUUUUAUGUUUGAUUGAUUUUAUGGUCAACAUUUCCAGGUAUGAUCCAGCCAACUUCAAGAAUCUUCCAAAUGACAUUGUCGCUAAUGUGGCCCAUACUCCGAUUUUUGCCAAAACACAAGAGCUUAUCUAUAAUAUGGGAAGAAUGAACUAUCAGUUCAAGAAAUUUUCCAAGCAAGCCGCCAAAGAGAGCAAAAGUGACGCUAAGGAUGAGACCAUAGCAGUGUUGCCACAGCAGAACACUGUUCCACAUGCCUUGGACACAAAUGAUGAAUCUGGCAGUGAUUCUGCUGACGAACCCGCAAACCGGAUCAUGGAUGUUUCCCUUGCUGAGUUGACUAAAAAAAUUAUGAGCAAGACUAAAACUGCCACCAAAAAAAUGAACGAGAAGAAAUCUGGUCUUGCCCAGAAGGAAGAGUUGAACGGAAACGAGGAUGACAUGUUAGAUGCUUCGCAUUUGGAAGCAAGUGAUUCUUCGGACUAUACUCGGCCACAUUCAAGGGAGAAUGAUUUGAAUCAAGCAGAUGAUUACUCUUCCGAUGAAAAUGAUGAGCCUUCUUCACUACAUACCAUCCGAGAAAGAGGAAACAAGUUCUCUUCGAAGUCCAAGUUAGAAACUUUGGUGGAGUCAGAUUCUUCCGACUACUACACAGGCGAAGAAUCCUUUGAUGAGAAUGAAGCUUUGGUUGACGAUAAGAACGUUGACACAAUGACCGUUAGAAGGGUUCGGAGCCAUAAAUUGCUAGUCCCAAAAGGUAAACAUGUUAGCGCAAAGGGGGAAGAAACAGACAAUAAGAGGGCUGCUGGCAGCAACGAAGUUGAAGACGAGGAUUUUGACGUUACAAUGAAUAACUCGACGUCAAUUAUGGAACAUCUUAUGGAUUACAAAGAUUCCACAAAUGAUGCGCAGCGUGUACGAAUCACCAAAUCCAGGAAAGGUAUACUAGUAUCUCGAAUAUCCAAGGGUAAUGAACUAAUGAGACCCGACAAACCAAAAAGUAGGUCAGCCGCCGUCUCAUUUGGAUUAACCAAGCGGCAGAAGUUAGGAGAAUACGGAAACCAAGUUCACUUCCAGAAAAAAACACUCAAAAAUUUCAAGCAAAUUUCUCCAGUCAAAAGAAAAGCUUUCAUGGUGUUAGAGAAAGACUUAGAUUUUUUGUAUUCUGGGUUAGAGCGUCUUAAGCCGUCAUGCAGUGCAACUCUGCAAAAGGAAGCAAUUAAAGGAUUUAGCUACAAGCCUGCUCAGUACUCUUUAUUCAAAGAUCUUAGAGAAGAGGUUUCUGGUGUUGACUCUGAGGUUGCAGAAUUUGCUGACAGUCUCUUGAAUGCCUUUGUCAGUCAACUUGCCAAACGAUGCGGGGGUAAUGAUAUCGAUGAAUCGCAAUUUGUGCAUCCUUUUGAAUAUAAUUACAUAAUGGAGAAGUUCGAAGAAUUGAAACAGAAGUCGGUCAAAUUACCUCCAAUUAUCUUUCAUAAAAGGUUUGAUUCAUUGUUCGAUUACGAAGGCAAUGUAAAUAGUGACAUCAAGACGCUUAAGAUUCACAACACUAAAGUUAAAGGUCUUAUGAGGUUGACUGUAUUUGAGACAGAAGACCAAUAUUACCAAGUUUUCAAGAAAAUUGUUCCUCGAGACAAAAUUGGUUCUAGGAUCAAAUUUUUGAACAACUUAAUAACAGACGGCAAAUCAUUAUUCUGUUUUGAUUUGGUGGAUACCGUGCAGUAUAUGAUGAAUGAUCCAAGAUAUAUUGUAGACAGUGAGGAAGAAGAAGAGAAACUGAUUGCACAACAGAAAGCAGCAGCAGAAGGAGCUAAAAAAAUGAGGAUAAAUUUUAUCAAAUCGAGUUCGAAGCAUAUUGAGACUGACAAGGAAAGCACGGAAACUGUAAUUGUUGAGAACAAUGACUUGAAUGGUGAUAUGUCUGAGGUUGUUCCGGCCAAGGUAAGGUCACCAAACGCAAAUGACCAGGCCUAUGAGAGAGCUACGAUUGACAGCGGUGAUCAUGGGGCAAAAUGUGAAAUACAAGAUAAUAUGAAUGAUAAACUUAUCGAAAGGAAUAUUGAUCAAGAACAAGAUUCACUCAAUAAAGACGCCCCUGAAAUAGAGAGAAAAACUGGUGAACAUGAAGGCAAAAGUUUGCCACAAUCUCCUCUUUCAAAAAAAAAGGAGACGCAGACUGAAGGUUUCUCAGGGAACUUCGAAAAGCAAGAAGGUUUUGUGGAAGCGUUGGAGGAUAAAUCAGAGAAAUUGGUACAGAAUUCUGCGUCAGGAUCUUCGGAGAAGUCUGAAGAGGCGAUAGAAAAGAAGGUUGCAGUAGAAGAUGAAAAGUCGGAAAAGAUAUCUCAAACCGCAGAAGAGCUCAGUAAACCAACGUAUGGUGGCCUAGUAGAAAAGACGAGUAAUGACUCAACAAAUUUUGCGUUCGGUGAACCUCUGACACAGUUAGAGUUGGAGCAAAAGUUGAGAGAAAAACGUGCACAGAUUCAUUUAUCGGAUAAACCAACAGAAGAAAGUCUAAAUGAUGAUCGUUCUACUGCGUACUCCUCAUCGAAAGGAUUAAGCAUUUCGACAAGAGCAAUCAAAAAGGUACUCUCCACAAAGGAAUGUUUUGAACUGCUUGCAGUUUUACUUUUUCCAAGACUAAAAAUUGAUCCUACUUAUGAAGGAAUUCCAUUAUCUAGCUUGCGGGCUAUAGGAUCUGCUUAUGAUCCUUUUAGGCCAUAUCUAUUGUCGUUGUUUCUUUCUGAUGUGUUUGAAUUCUUGAGACUGCCAAGGUAUUUCAAAGUCGACGCAAUGAUGUUUGAAUUACAGUUGCAGGAUUUAUUAAAAAGUGCAAAUCCAGGUUCAAAAAUGAAAGCCGUUGCAUUCCAUGGCUAGAACCCCAUUUUAUGUAUCAUAUGUAUAUUAGUAAUUAACCGAAGUGGUUUAAUAAAUAGUCAGGUUUUGUGUGUAUAUAAAUU